GCUUGGAAGCACUAAAGCAGAAACAUCAGAGGGACUCUAAAAAUCCACAAUUCACAAAAGCCCUCUCCGAAUUCCCAAACCCUAAAUUGUGAUCACUCAAAGCAUAGAUUCUCAUCGUCCUCGUCCAUCUGUGGUUAAUAAUUCGAGGAAAGAAGCAAUCCACGAACCUAGUUCUCUGUGAUUUUAUAAUUUUGUUGAAUCAAUAGAAUUUGAAAAAUGGACUUUGAAGAAAGACAGGCGGAGCACAUAGACUAUUUUGUGAAGAAGGCUUCCACUCUGAAGGGCCACGCACUAGCAAACGUCGUCGUUGAGGCCACUUCGCACCCAUCUCUAUUUGCUUUCUCCGAGAUUCUCGCAAUUCCCAGUGUUCUCGAGCUUGAAGGAACUGAGAAUAGUGCCUUCCUUGAUUUGCUUCGCAUGUUUGCACAUGGUACUUGGAGUGAAUAUAAGAAUGUUGCUGGUCGUCUUCCACAAUUGGUUCCUGAUCAAGUUCUCAAGCUGAAGCAGCUGACUGUGCUUACUCUGGCCGAGACAGACAAGGUAUUGCCAUACGACACAUUGAUGCAGGAGUUGGAUGUUUCAAAUGUUCGCGAGUUGGAGGAUUUUCUCAUCAAUGAUUGUAUGUAUGUGGGGAUAGUUAGAGGAAAGCUGAAUCAGUUACGAAGAUGCUUUGAGGUGCAAUUUGCAGCUGGGAGGGAUAUCAGACCUGGACAAUUAGGGAGCAUGAUUGAUAUUCUAGGGAAUUGGUUGGCUACAUCAGAUAACCUUCUUGUCUCAAUUCAAGAGAAGAUCAAAUGGGCUGACACUAUGGGUGAGAUUGACCAGAAGCACAAGAAGGUGGUAGAAGAGAGGGUGGAAGAAGUGAAGAAGACACUAUCUAUGAAGAAGUUACAUACUGUAAGCAGGCAGACAUUGACUACCCAGGGCAUGAAGAGAACUUUUCUGAACUUGGUGGAGUAAUGGACCAUGACCAAGAUCGUAAUCGGCCAAAGAGGUAGCCGACCAUACGUCUAUUAUCUUAGGCUUCUGCUAUGAAUGUCAUGGGCUAUAGCUGCUAAUAUGCUAAGGUGUUUUCCAUCUUUUAUCUUUCUUUUUUCCUCCAAAAUUAGAGAGUUAUAUCUAUUCUCUUCAUGUAAUCCACCCUACUACCAACUGUUUAGCUGUUUACUCCUUCGAAGCCCUUCAGAAUUAAAUGCAUAUUACGGUCAGCAUGGGUGUGUGUGAAAAAGGGACGAACCGAUUAUAUGAUUGAAGCUACUUAAAGAGAUUACAAUACCCCUAGUAAUAUAAUUGAGUCCACUUACUUUUUGGGAUCACGUAUAUCCUGUAUUAUAUUGUUGUUUGGCUUUCACAACGUACAGGAGACGACAUCGCGAUAGAACUGAGGGGGAGUCCCUCGGAUGAAUUGUCCAGGUAACUUGCCAUCUUGCAUUCAGGUCAGUGAGAUCGAUGCUCUGGAAGAUGUGGUGAUCCCUGUGCGAUUCUCAGCUCGUUCUAGACUCAGAAAGUUGACAGGAUCGUUUUGACUAAAUGAGAACUGAUAACCACUCCUACUUUUGUAAUGCGGCUGGGACAAUAUUAGUGAUGAACAGAAGUUGAGCGCACCAUCUCUCAUUGUGUGGAUAUCUUUAUUCAUUUAUUCAAUUCUUAUGGCGACCUCUUCUCUUAUUCAUAA